AUGUUUACGUCGCAGCGACAGCUUCGACAAAAUGGGAGUCCGAUGUCAUCACCACGUUCAUCACAACAUUCCUCUGGUAUGGUUUCACCGAUAUCUGGGUCUCCAGCCUCGAACCGCAGCUAUGGAAGGGACCUGCGAGGCUUGGUAGGAAUUGAUAUACCUGCUAGCGAGCCGGUGUUCAACAGGGUCAAUAGCAGCGAUACACUAUAUUUCAGGCCCAAGAAAAUUUACAAGAUGGAACAUGAGCAUCCAUCAAGAACUACUCUGGUACAACUACAUGCGAGAUCACAGCCGGAGGAUACUGCGAGUAUUCAAGUAAAUCCUGAAGAGGGACCCGGCGGCCUAGAGCUGGGAGAUCCGUGUGGCAAACAGUCUUUAUACGCUAUGGGAGCAGAGUACGUUCCAGAUUUGGACUUUACAAAGCUAGUAAAUGACUGGCAAAAGUCCAGUGACGACUUGUAUGAGUUCAGGAGCAGCGCCACUCCGCAGGUACAAAUCAAAAACAAUGACAAGAGCAACUACGAACUUUGGAGCUCACCAGAUGCAAUAUUGACCCGAAACAAGCUUCGAAGAGAUAGUUUUUCACAAGAGAACAACGAUUCAUUAAGUCCAGAUGAUUCUCUUUUAUCAAGGGGUUUGCACUCUAAGGUCAAGCCUAUUCCUCUGCCCAGGAACGGCCAACCAAUAUUUACACCUCUCUCCAACUUAGAAGCGGAAAGACGGUCCUCAUAUACGACUAAUAGCAAUAACAAUAGCAUAACACAGAAUAAUAAAUUUUCGCUUGCGAAAUUAAAGUAUUCGCUUCCCACUCAAAGUUCUGCAGUACCUGCAUCGUUCGAUUCAAAUGCUUCAUCAUUAAAUUUUCUUCCGACUACCACGUUAUCGACUUUGUCAGAGCUACAAAUAAGUCCCAACGAUAUGAUGGAUUUGAUUCAGAAACUUCCCAGGAAUUUUUUGAACUUACCGUACACUCAAAGGAAAAAAGUCAUCAUUGAGCAUGCACCUUCUCACGACUACAAGGCCGUGAUGUCGCUAGUUAAAAAAUUCAUGUUAACAUCUUCAAGAAGUAACUUUUCUCUUGCUGGGUUUGCUAAUAAUGCUUCAGUUUCGGAGGCCACGGUUAAUGAUAGUAACAUCAAUAGCAGAAACGCGUCCAACAACAGUAAUGAUAACCAUGUAAAUGCGCGUCCACUGCAAAGAUCCAGGCACGGUUCCAUUGCAUCCCAGUUUUUGAGCUCUUUUUCACCUUCCAUGACGUCAAUAGCUAAAAUGAAUUCGAACCCCUUGAGUGGAAGCGCUGGUGGUAGUGGAAGACCAGAUGAUAAAGGUAUGGAAAUACUAGGUCACCGAUUAGGUAAAAUUAUAGGUUUUGGGGCAUGGGGCAUUAUACGUGAAUGUUUUGAUAUCGAAACCGGUGUAGGUAGAGUGAUAAAAAUUGUGAAAUUUAAAGGGCACCAAAAUAUUAAGAAACAUGUGUUGAGAGAAGUAGCCAUAUGGAGGACUUUGAAGCAUAAUAGAAUACUUCCCCUUUUAGACUGGAAGCUUGAUGACAACUAUGCAAUGUACUGUUUGACGGAAAGAAUUAACGAUGGUACCUUGUACGACUUAGUAAUAUCUUGGGACGAAUUCAAACGUUCGAAGGUACCGUUUGCAGAAAGAUGUAGAAUGACAAUUUUUUUGAGCAUACAAUUACUAUCUGCUUUGAAAUACAUGCAUUCUAAGAGGAUUGUUCAUGGCGAUAUAAAAUUAGAAAACUGUCUCUUACAGAAAGAAGGAAAAAAAUCGGAUUGGAAAGUUUUCCUGUGUGAUUUUGGAAUGAGUUGUCACUUUGAUGAGAAGUGUAUUUAUCGUAAUGAUACUUCCGAUGAAAACAUUAGUCGUAGCAAUGGACACAGAAAAAGAAAAAAUAGUGAACAAACGAAUUUGGUAAAAUAUCCCACAACCAAUUUUUUGCCUGACGAGCUAAGCAACGAUUUUGAUGCGAGUGAAGACUUGAAAUAUCAAUUUGAAAAUCGAAAGCAUCAAUCCUUCACACCGAAAGGUAUGGUUAGCUCUAGCUCUCAUUCAUUGAAGCACCUCAAUCAACUACCCUCUUCUUCUUCUUCUAAUUUAUUUCACAAGCCAGCCUCCCAACCUCAACCACAACAUCGUAUUCCCUUUCAUGGGAGGCACAAGACAACAGUUUUUUCAAAUUUGGGACCUGAACCUUCUAAAUAUAUCGGAUCUCUACCUUACGCUUCGCCAGAGCUUUUAAAGUACUCGGAUGCAAGACGUUCAAAAUCAAUUGAAAUGCAUAUUUAUGAUUCACCAGAUUCUUCUCAAUCGGAAAUUAGUGCAGCAUCAUCAUCUUCCUCUGAUUUAUCUUCUAUAUCAUCUUCUGCAAAGGCAUCUGCAGUCACGAAAUCUGGUGUGACUACGGAUUCGCCGUUUGAUUCCUCAACGGAUUCACCAAGUAUCGUUUCUCCUUUAGGACCAGCGUCUGAUAUUUGGGCCUUGGGAGUAAUGCUGUAUACCAUGCUAGUAGGAAAAUUACCUUUUAAUCAUGAGUUCGAACCCAGAUUACGCUCUCUCAUUAAGGUAGGUGAAUUUGACCGGUUCUCUUUAGCUCAAGUGUGUAAAUUUGACAGGAAACGGACUGAAGGGACGAUUGGUCAAGGCUUGUAUGAUACAGUUAUUGGAUGUUUGACGAUUGAUUUGGAUACGAGGUGGAAACUUGAAAGGAUAGAAGAGGUCCUUCAAAACGAAAUGAAACUAACAGAGGCCAUUCAUGAUGAUAAUGACUUAUGA